GUCCACAACACAUUCACUACUUCACGCUAGACUUCACGCUAGACUUCAUACUAGAAAUCAGACUACGAGCUAAGGACCUCAUCUUGUUCUAGCCACGAUGGUCGGCUUGCCCCCAGGAAGACAGCACGAUGCAACGCAGUCAACCCCUUCGCAGCAAAUUCAUUUAGCAUGGCCAAACGACUAUGUAUCAGUUGGCACAGACAACCAAUCUGUAUCUGUUGACCUCAAAGACCCAUACCAUGAAAAUAUUGAUAGAUUUGGCCAAAAUGAAGGGCCCAAGGAACCUAUCGCUUUCCGUCCUCAGGUAACCGUCAAUGUCUUUAAUAACAACGCACCAAACACUGGAGCCGCAGGAGCAAAGGAGUCCAAGCCAAAAACUGCAGGACCAGUCAAUGAAAAACUAGCUAAAGAGACCAACAAAAAAAUAGCCGACCUGACUGCUAAACUUGAAGCUUUGUCGAAAAAGGUUGAUGAGCUUUCUUCUGCCUUAGAAUCGGCACGAGGACCACGAGUUGAAUGCGGCUUGUGGAACACGGGAGAGGUGCGCUCAUGGAAGUAUCCUUCCAAUGAGACUAGAGGGCGAAUCAAUUUCAAAAAGGACUUCAAAUCUAUCCCCAAAGUCACAACUGGUAUGUCCUCAGCCGACGUUUCGAAGGACGCAAACUUCAGAGUGUCUGUCUAUCCGACUGAAAUCGACCAGAGAGGGUUCAAAAUUAAUGUGCAUGGUUGGUCAGACACGGUGAUAUAUUCCUGUGGCGUGUCGUGGGUUGCCAUAGGAGAGUAAGUUAUCUCACACAGGCUCCUUUGAACGUCUUAUUACAUUGGGAGAGGCUAUCAUAGUAGGUAUUUGCCAUACUGAACUUGUUCAACACGGAAGGCAGACAGAGUAAAGUAUUGACUGCAUUGAGAAUCUAUGGCGGCGGCAGAUAGUUGAACCAAUACAUAUAUGACUGCCCAGAAAUUUGACUCAAGACUAGACGGCCCUCCUUACAGCGGAUAUAUGCACUUUUAGGUUCUCUCGGUCG